AUGGAAGCAACGAUCAGUGAUCAGGACCUGAAAGCAUCAGAGCCUUUCCCACUGCGACAACUUCCCCUUGAACUGCGCCGCAAAAUCUACCGGCACAACCUUAUGGCCACUCGAAAUCCUUCUCCGAAAGCCAUUUACCUAAAAAAAUUACCCGAUGGUUCGAGGGACCCUCCUUCUCCGCUGCUACUAGUCAAUAGCCAAGUCCGUACUGAAGUCCUCGAUCUGGUCCAAACAUGGCCGAUUUUUCUCCGGGUCACCCAUCAGGGCAUUCAAUUUGGUAGUGUGGCAGAGACCUGUUUCAUCGCACAGCAAUGUUCAAGAGACUACGGCAGCAUACCUCAUCUUGUCGUAGAGAUAUGGCCCCCCCACCCUGAUCGCCCGACAGAUGCGAUUGAUAUUUGGAGGCAUCUUCGAAAUCUCCGGGCGGAGCUACGUGCUGUACCUCUGCUGCAGCGAAUCUCUUUCCUCUUUGCUGACAACGAAAUGGCUUCAUGGACUCAUAAUGGCAACGCCCUUGACCUCCUGGACUCGGGUGGCUAUGACACGGAACCUUUGGGAUGGUGCAAUGAUGUAACUUACAUCAUGGACCUAUUCGCCCGUAUCAGCGCUGCGAGCGCCCGUUUUUACCUCCCCCAUGGUUUGAAACCUGGCGAGACCACCGAGCACGUCCGUACCCGGCUCCGAUCCGUUAAUGCCAUGAUCAUGGGACGCAUUCCGAUCGUUGAGGAAACAUACACUGAAGAAGACGAAGAGCGAGCGGUAUUUCAGGAUUGGGUCGAUGACUGUAGGGAGUCGAAACUUCGAAUGAAAGGUGCGGAAAUUGCGCGCGACAAGCUCGACGUAAUGACGCGGCAAGGGAGAAUGCAAUUGACACAAGGACAAUGGGAAGACUUCAUUGCGGUGUGGUCGCCCCAUUUUGAGAGUCUGUUGUUUCAGGAGUUCAAGGGAAAGCUACAUUACGUGUACGAAGACCAUCCAUUGGAUAGCGCAUAG